AUGGCUGCUGCCGGGAGAGGGUUCUCCGAUCCCCCAGCCGGUACCAAGCUGGCGUGGGUGCCGAUGGUAGAGGAUGUGUUUAACAAGCUCGUUGCGCGGUUUGACACGGAGUCCUGCGGCGGCGGUUUGAGGUGGCAAGUCCCCUUUGCUAAUCGGGGAUAUGAACACAAGGAUGCUCUUCCCGACGGCUUGUUCUUCAGUCUCGGCGCCCGACUUGCCCGAUACACUGGCAACAAGACGUAUGCGGAAUGGGCAGACAGGGCGUGGGAUUGGGUCGAGGGCAUCGGGUUCGUCGACAACCAGACACAUGCCGUGCACCAUGGGGCAAAGACGGACAGCAACUGUAAACGCACGUCAAAGGCCGAAAUCACCGCAAACAACGCCAUCUUCGUUCUGGGUGCUUCAUGCAUGUACAACCAGCGUGGGCUUCACAACUUCUUCCCUUACAACGUUGCGUAUGAAGCGGCUUGCGGAAAGGAGAAGGAAUGCCUGGCGGAAAUAACUUUCUUCAAGGGCCUGAUGCACCAGGGGUGGACGGCCUCGACCCAGGUCGCGCCCUUUAUAUCGGAAACUGUCCUCCCCGUGCUGAGGAGCUCUGCUGCGGCGGCCGUGAAGCAGUGCACGGGGGAGGGCGAGGGCGAAGCUGAUGGUCGGCUCUGUAGGAGUUUUUGGGCUCGGGAGGGCUCUGAUGGCAGGACUGGCGUCGGUGAGCAGAUGAGUGCGUUGGCGGCCGUUACGGGAUUACUUGUUAGUAAAAAGGCAGGCCCGCACACGGCAAAGUCGGGGAAGGGUUCUGGAGGAAGCGAUAACGGUGGGAACGGAGGGGCUGGAGGAGAUGGGAAGGCUGACAACGGGACCUCGAGUGGUGGGAAGAAUGGAAAGGAUUCGGCGGCUGGCAAGAUUGACCGUGGCGUGCUUGGCAUCACGGUGAUUGCUACUGGACGCUAUGUUUUAAUUGCGUGGUAUGAGGUUCUGUCAUAUAGGAGUGUAUCAAGUGUGGUCAGCAACCCAGUGUGCGGCAACCGACCAUGUCAAGCGUUGAAGCAACAGAGCGAUUCAAGCAAAAAGCCGUACAAGUUGCCGUAUGAGUUUGCAAGCCCCAAUGCCACGAAGCAGAUUUUGCUGCGCACAUAG